AUGUCUUCUAAUACGCAGCAAUCCAAAAAAACGAAAAAGACGACUACAAAAAAGUCUGUUCAACAAACCGCUGGGACAGCAGCAAGCACAAGACAACGGGAAAUUCUUCCCAGCUUGACAGUUAGUGCAGAACUAGAUGGUACUGUCCUGUCCAUUUUGUUCACCAUGAGCACCCGACUGAAUGAAUCUCAUUCACUUCUGGAGAAGGUCUACCACAACAUGGGAGCAACCAAUAGUCAGAAUAACAAUUCGAACCAUAGUCCCAUUGGUCAGGCUCUUACUACAGGAGAAUAUAUAAAGUACCACCUUCCAAUGGUUUUAGUAGGAUAUAUACUAAGAUUGAUCCAUUCUCAAACACGAGCAGUUCUGGCAACAAUGCUAUUGAUGGUCAAUGAGGGCGCCUUCUCAACAUCCAACUGUCCCAUUGCUGAUAUAGUGCAGAGCUACACACAUCAGCAAGCUGAAGUAAAGUCUGUUUCGUCUGCAGUUGUGGAAGAGAAAACCCAAAGACAUAUUUCAUAUAUGCUUCAAAGGGCAAAAGCUUUGCCAGAAAAGAUAGCUUGA